AUGCACGCUUGUCCUGUUCCCGCUGCUGGGCUGCUGCUUUGCCCAGCCAUGCUACUUCUCGCUCUGCUAGCCAGUCCCACCACCGCGGUCGCCGUGAACACACUUCGACGCCCUGCGUGGCGGCGUUGUGCGGGAACCUCACCAUCGCCUACCCGUUCUGGCUCGCCGGCACGCAUCGGCCGGAGUGCGGCUACCGGCCCUUCGAGGUCGCCUGCGACAAGGGCAAGGUAUCCCUCCUACUGGAAAUACCAGGUCAUGGAUAUCUUCUAUGAAGACAGAUCGUUCAUAGUCACCAAAGUCAACCUGCAGGAAGACGGUUCUUACUGCGACCACAUGCUCAUCGGCAACACGGCCUCCGACCUGGGCGUUGGACCGUUCAAGAUUAACAACAAAAACGAGGAGCUGUUCUUCCUCAGAGAUUGCCAAGGGCAGGCGCGGCAGCUGCCUCGUCCUUGCGCGAGAGUGAGCUGUGCGAACCACACCAACUCUUUUGCCUGGCUAGCUGGGAAGUACAGUCCCGAUGACAUUCAGAAGCCUCUGCCGGGUAACUGCACAGUGGCGUUGAUGCCGGUGCUGGGAUACCAGGGGGCGGUAGCGGCCGACUACAACCGCCUAAUCAAGGGUGGGUUUCUCCUAGAGCACAGCUUCACGGCAGAGGACUGCACACCUUGCACGCAGGCCGGCAGCAAGUGCUCCGUCGACACCGGCGAGGAUCUGCUGGUGUGCCAGUGCUCCGACGGCGAGGACUCUUUUAUUUGCGGUGAGUAUAACCUAAAUAUUUAUGCUUAUGCUUGA